UCUUCCUCUCUCUCUCUCUCUCUCUUCUCCCUCUCUCUCUCUAGAAUUCCUCACCGGUGAGCACCGUUUGUCGUGUUUGUUGGACGGCGGAGGGAAUAAUCGAUGGCGGCGCUUCAGUAUUUGGAGACCCUGCGGAAUGCGCACCCGGAGCUUUCCGAGUGGUACACUACGCUUUCAGAUCUGUACCAGAGGAAGCUAUGGCACCAGCUCACGCUCAAGCUCGAACAAUUCGCUGCCCUAGCUGUAUUUCAGGCUGGGGAUGCUCUAAUCCAGCUCUACCACAAUUUCAUAACUGAUUUUGAGACAAAAAUCAAUCUUCUCAAGCUUGCACAUUUUGCUGUCAUAGUUUCUAGGCAGUAUUCGGAGAAAGUGGCUGCCAUAGCUUAUCUUGAAGAAGUGAUAGAAAAGCUUCGUAACACCAGAGAAGCACGCAUAGAGGAGCCGAUACUUUAUAUCAAAAUGCAGAUUGGUGUAUUUAAGCUUGAGCAGGGAGAUCAAAAGGAAUGCAAGAAACUUCUAGAUGAGGGAAAGAGUACCCUCGACAGUAUGACUGACAUUGAUCCAUCUGUGUAUGCCAACUACUACUGGGUUUCAUCUCAAUAUCAUAAAACCCGUCAAGAAUUCGCAGAUUUCUAUAGAAGUGCUCUCCUUUAUCUAGCUUACACUUCAGUAGAGUCUCUAUCAGACUCGUUUAAGCUGGAUUUGGCAUUUGAUUUAUCUCUCUCAGCCUUGUUGGGGGAGAACAUCUACAACUUUGGCGAACUUCUUGCCCAUCCGAUUAUUAAAAGUCUUCUGGGGACUAAAGUUGAGUGGCUUUACUACAUUCUUGAAGCAUUUAAUUCUGGAGAUUUAGUUCGUUAUCAAGAACUAUGCCGUGUACACGGAGCUGCUCUGAGCACUCAACCGGCUCUAGUCCAGAAUGAGAAAAGGCUUCUGGAGAAGAUAAACAUUCUCUGCUUGAUGGAGAUUAUAUUCAGCCGACCAUCAGAUGAAAGAACUAUACCAUUGAGUAUCAUUUCUGAACGAACAAAACUUACUGUAGAAGACGUGGAGUACCUUCUUAUGAAGAGCCUUUCAGUACAUCUGAUAGAGGGAAUCAUUGACCAAGUGGAGGGAACUGUUUACGUGUCGUGGGUGCAACCUAGGGUUUUAGGAAUUCCUCAGAUCAAGUCGUUGCGUGACAGGCUGGACAAUUGGGUUGAUAAAGUACACACUGCUUUGUUAUCCGUCGAGGCUGAAACACCUGAUCUAGUUGCAGCUUAAUUUUAGCUCUUAUCCAAUUCCAAUUUCUUCUUCAUAUAACGUUUUGAGGACAAAAUGUGUUACUCUAUGUAGUAAGAGAGAAAACUAAAAUCCAUGUUUCUUGGACCACUGUGUAUGGGGGGUUCUCUCUUGUUAUAUUUUCAAUUCCCGUACACCAUACUUGUAAUACCCAUUUCUUUUUUCGCGUAUUAUUUCAUUGAGCCGAGUAUUUUGGAUAUUCUUGUU